ACCGUGGUAGAACAUGGAGAUGUCAGAGGAUAAGAAUGCCAAUACGGACCAGUUAUGUAACAAAGGGGCGAGCAAAAAUGAGAAUGAAUAUGCCAUCGCCUCUCAGGACUCAAGAGAAGAGACCAAGAAGGAUGCCACCUCUAAGGACAGACCAGUUGCUAACCCCUCAAGUUAUGAUAACUCAGGUAGGAGACCCUCCAAAGCUGCUGCAGUUUGUCUGGGGAUGCUGUGUAUCCUCCUACUGGCUGGGAUUGUAGCUCUGGGUUUCUACCACAAGAAUAUCAUCAGUGGGUUUGAGGAUUGUAAAGUCAGCAACAUCAACCUGUCUACGAAAAAAGACCAGUUAGAGAUCAGCUUCAACACCAUAACUAAUGAGAGAGACCAGCUACAGACCAGUUACAACACCAUGAAAAAGGAGACAGACCAGCUACAGACCAUCUACAACACCAUGAAAAAGGAGAGGGACCAGCUACAGACCACCUUCAACACCAUGACCAAGGAGAUAGACCAGCUACAGACCAGCUUCAACACCAUGACCAAGGAGAUAGACCAGCUACAGACCAGCUUCAAUAACCUGGCUAAGGAAAGUGACCAUUUGAAGUCGGAGAGAGACAGGCUUCAGGAGCGCUUUUCUGACCUAAAACAAGCUGGGCCUAAAGGCUGGACGCUGUUUCAGUCCACUUGGUAUUACAUCUCCUCUGAGGUAAAAUCCUGGGAUGAGAGCAGACAGGACUGCAUUGAAAGAGGAGCAGACCUGGUGAUCAUAAAUAGCAAAGUGGAGCAGAUAUUUCUCAUUAAUCUGAACAAGAGGAUCUGGAUUGGCCUGACUGACAAAGACAUAGAGGGGACCUGGAAAUGGGUGGACGGUACCAAACUGACCACAUCCUAUUGGACGGGAAAGCAACCUGAUAAUGGUGAUGGGAAUCCAAUAUUUGGGGAGGAGGAUUGUGCUGAGAUUGUUAUGGGGUGGAUAUGGAAUGAUAUUUCAUGUGCAAAUCAUUACAAUUGGGUCUGUGAGAAGGUUGUUUAACAGUGUUAUAAUUUAUUGCAUGUGUAUGUACCAGAUGUGCUCCCUGAUUUUGUAUCAUGAAGUUUUGAUAUGAGCAUGGAAAUGUUUUAGAAAUUUGAUAAGAAGCUUCAAAGAAAUGACUCUGAAAUGUAAAUACUGUUCUUUCCUAUUUGUGUUCACAAACUGGUGGUUAGGCAGACAUGUCGGCACUUAACUCAACUGACUCCCUGAACAGACAGUUCCCUGUCUACCAGUGGUUGUGUCCAGUGGUGCAAAGUACUUAAGCAAAAAUACUUCAAAGUAUCUACUAGUUUUUCUGUCCUUUACUUUACUAUUGAUAUUUUUUUACUAUUGAUACUCCACUACAUUCCUAAACAAUUUCCCUGACACCCAAAAGUACUCGUUACAUAUUGAAUGCUUUUGCAGGACAGAAAAAUGGUCUAAUUCACGCACUUAAAGAGAAACUCCCUAGUCAUCGCUAUUGCAUCUGAUCUGGCGGACUCACUAAACACAAAUGCCUUGUUUGUAAAUUUUUGGAGUGUUCUCCUGGCUAUAAGUAAAUUUAAAAAACAUGAAAAUCAUUCCGUCUGGUUUGCUUAAUAUAAGGAAUUUGAAAUGAUUUAUACUUUUACUUCUACUUUUGAUACUUAAGUAUAUUUUGCCAAUUACAUUUACUUUUGAAACUGAAGUAUAUUUCAAACAAAAUACUUUUUCACUUUUACUGAAGUAGGAUUUUACUGGGUGACUUUCACUUGAGUCAUUUUCUAUUAAGGUAUCUGUACUUUUACUCAAGUGUGACUAUUGGGUACUUUUUCCAGCACUGGCUAUGUCUAGCUAACACAGCAUCAGAUAAAGAUAUAGCAAUGUGGUACUGUCAGCACAGGACAUGAACAACCUGCGAUGCCUUAUUUUUUUUUUUUACUUUGCAAGCAUGUGGAGAAAUAUUAUGCAAAAUGCAAUAAAUACCUAUAGCCACAUCAGAGAUCCUUGAAAUGUUCUCCUAUAUACCCCCAUGUUCGUGUGUAUUACUAUUGUGAUGCAUGUAAUGGAUCUUACUCUGCCUGCCAGUGUGAUGUGAUCUACUUUAGUUUGGUAUUUCUAGGUCGCUUGCUUGUAUUGUUCAUUUGUUGUUAUCUGACGGAUUUUGUCUUGAUUAUUGAAUGACGUGUCUCUUCAAUUGCUUUGUUGCAUGAAGAAAAAUGUCAAUAAAGA